UGCCAGUCUACCCUGUCGGGCUGAUUCUUUCAGUUUUGGAUCCGAGCGAAGGUUCGGUAGGUAGGUGGGAAAGCAAAUAUGGAGAUGAGGAAGGUGAACAAGUCUCUGGAGCUGACCCAGGACGAGUCAGAGUCCGUCUCGCAACUCGUCAUUCCAGCUACCCGAUACGGCGAGUCGAGCUUCUACGAUGCUUUCGCUCUUCGAGGCAUCCGACUGGACCGAGUCGAAUCCGGAGUACUCGUCGUCUGUUCUUUCAAGGUCCCUCCCCGUCUCACCGAUAGAAGUGGAAAUUUGGCUAAUGGUGCAAUUGCAAACCUUGUUGAUAUAGUUGGUGCUGCCGUAGCUUAUGUUCCAGGCCUCUCUAUGAAUGUUUCUGUGGACAUUUCCAUCUCCUACAUGUCAACAGCCAAACUUCAUGAUGAGCUAGAGAUAACUUCAAGAAUGGUAGGACGAGUAGGAGGUUGUUCUGGAACAAUAGUCAUUUUGAGAAAUAAAACAACUGGGGAAAUUAUAGCUGAAGGUCGACAUUCAUUGUUUCGUUCACAUGUUGGUCCCAUUCCCAAACUUGACACAGGAGGAGUGCAAGUACUUCAGGCUGACAAGGCCCUUACCCAACUUAAAUCAAGAAAUAAUCUGGAUGACGUCAUAUUCAAAUUCAUGAAUGUUUUUACCUUUUUCUAACAUAUUCAGUCGGGAU